AAAAUCAGGUGGAUUCCUUCGAAAUCUAUCAGUCAGUCAUACAGUUUCUGUGCAAUAUAUGCAGCUAGACAACAGUCAACAAAAAUAAGACAGAAAAUGAUUGCUCAGGUAGUUGCCCUUGCUAGUCUUUUGGUAUUCGCUCAUGGAGGACUCAUAGGAGGUGAAGGUUAUGGUUCAGGAGGUUAUUCUAGCAUUGGAGGAAGUGGAAUUUCAAUUGGAGGCAAAGAAACUGUGGUUGACCUAGUCGCACCUCCGAAAUACGAAUACAAAUAUGCAGUGGAAGACCACCACACUGGUGAUCAGAAAGAGCAACAAGAAUCUAGAAUAGGGGAUCUCACCAAGAGCGAAUACGGUCUUGUGGAGAAGGACAGGAAGAUACAGGUUUCCAGGGUGAUCCACGGUAGUAUUCCUGUCGUACAGAAGGGACACUAUUGACCUUCACGAUGAGAGUUGCA